CGAAGCAGAGGAAGAUUGGGAGAAAACGAGAACGGAUCGUCCGGUUAAAGUGAACAUUUCAUUUUACCCGCCUGUCCAGCCAGUGGCAGCGAAUUCGUGCACCGAAAGACGAAAGGUUGCAGCAAAACGAUUGGUGCCGCCCCGACGAAGUACACAACCGGAGCGCGUACGAUUAAUCGUACGAAUUAGAAAGAGUGGUGCUGUGUAUAUCCAGUGUAGGCUCGGGUGUGCGAUUCCUCGAAGUACGCAAUACCAAAUCAGCCGGCAAACGCGCGGUCGGAAGUUGUCCACCAACGCGGUCGCCCUGAAAAAUAGGAAAUAUUCAUUCAAAUCAACGUUAGAGAGAGAGAGAGAGAGAGUGUGUGUGUGUGGUACGGCAACGCAACUGGCGACCGUCGUGGUGUGUCCUGGGACUGUUUGUUAGAAAGCGCCCAAAGUCUCUCGCCCAAACGGCACUCUCAGCUCAGCCAGAAUUUCUGCCACCCAUCACAAGCUAGGAGCGCGCCUACGGUCCCCGAAAAAAAAUCGCCGAAGUACGCGCGCUCGCUCGCCUGAUCCGCUGUGUUUGUGUGUAUGUGCGUUUGUGUGUGUGUGUUAGUGCGCAUUAGUGCGUGGAAGCAGAGCACCACCAAAGUGUGUAGGAUUGUUGCGUGCGUAGUGUGUUAGUGCUCCGACCGGGCUAUAUACUCACAUACACACAGCAUCACGAGCAUACAUUCAAACAAGACUGAAUUUCGGAGAAACAAACGGACGCUGCCCAGGGACGAGUUUGCAGGACGAAAACACCUGCACACUUUUAAGUUUGAGGAAAAAAGCAGUGAAUUGUACCGAAAGCCCUUUAAAAACCAAGAAAAGAAAAAUUACCAGUGUAAACGUGAACGUAUUUCAGUUCGGUAGGUUAAUUCUUCCUUCUCCCUUAAAGCAAUCGUAGUUGGCUGUGGUGCGUGUGUGUGUGUGUGUGUGGUUCACUGUGGGCGCUUCCGUUGCAAGCAGCAGAGAGACGUCAUUUGCCCCUUAACAAGGAACGAUAACAACAGAUAAAACAAAAAGACAGCAAAAUGACAGAAGAAUCCUACCCGAAGACCCUGUACGUGGGCAACCUCGACACGUCCGUGACGGAGGAGCUGCUCUGCACACUGUUCAGCCAGAUGGGGACGGUGAAGAGUUGCAAAAUCAUACGCGAAACCAGCAUCGACCCGUUCGCCUUCAUCGAGUACGCCAACCACCAGUCGGCCCAGACGGCGCUGGCCGCGAUGAACAAGCGGAUGUUCCUGAAGAAGGAGAUCCGGGUGAACUGGGCGACGAGCGCGGGCAACCAGCCGAAGACGGACACGAGCCAGCACCAUCACAUCUUCGUGGGCGACCUGAGCCCGGAAAUUGACACGGAAACGCUGCGGGAAGCGUUCGCGCCGUUCGGCGAGAUUUCCAACUGCCGGAUCGUGCGCGAUCCGCAGACGCUCAAGUCUAGGGGGUACGCGUUCGUGUCGUUCGUGAAGAAGGCCGAGGCGGAGAAUGCGAUCGCCAUGAUGAACGGCCAGUGGCUCGGUUCGCGCUCGAUCCGGACGAACUGGUCGACCCGCAAACCGCCCGCACCGCGGGAGAACUCCAAAGGAAUUAAGAGCGGCAAAACGCCCGGCUUCGAGGAGAUCUACAACAACACCAGCCCCACCAACACGACCGUGUACUGUGGCGGUUUCCCGCCGAACGCGAUCACGGACGAGCUGAUACAGAAGCACUUCGCCCAGUUCGGCCACAUCAACGAUACGCGAGUGUUCAAGGACAAGGGUUACGCGUUCAUCCGGUUCGCCAGCAAGGAGUCGGCGGCGCGGGCGAUCGAGGGCACCCACAACAGCGAGGUACAGGGCCACCCGGUCAAGUGCUACUGGGGCAAGGAGAACGGCGGGGAUGUGAACAGCAACGGCAUGAACACGUCGGCGAUUGCGGCCGCGGCAGCGUCCGGCAUGAUCGGCAUGAACAUGAACGGCAUGGUCAGCCCGCUGCAGCAGAUGCAGCCGAACGCGGCGGCAACGGCCGCCGCCGCCAUGGUCGCCCAGCAGCAGCACAGUGCCAAUCCGCAACUAACGCAGGCGUCGGCGGCGGCGGCGGCGGCUGCGGCCGGCGCCCAGUACCCGUACUCGGCGGCGGCGUACGGCCAGAUGGCGUACUGGAUUCCGAGUGGAUAUCCGCAGAUACAGACCCAGUACAUGCAGCAAGGGUACUACACCUACCCGACGGCGUACGCACCGUCAGCACCGCAGCAAACGGGUACGCCAGGAUACCGCAUGAUGCAACCAAACAUGGCAGCAGGCUGGGGAAUGCCGACGGUGCCGACUGUUGCCACCAACGGUGCUGCUGCGGCGGCGGCUGCCGCUGCGGCCGCUGCCUCAUCGCAGCAGCCGGUGAUGUACGCGACGAUGCCCCAGUUCCAAACGCAAUGAGAACUAUUGAAAAAUUACUCUACCAGCAACAACAUCAUCAGCAGCAGCACCAGCGUUAAGUCCAGCACCCACAGCAACAUCAACAACAACAGUACGAAGAACCACGCUAGUACCAGUAUCGCGAAACCUUACAACAGCAGCAGCAACA